AUGACGCAGUACGCACAAAUGCCGACCGAAACACUACGUUUACUUUUGUCCCAGCGCCGCCUGGUACAAUCAGGGCCACGGCAGCAGCUCAUCGCUCGCCUCCAAGCGAACGAUUCUCAGGACUCCACAUCGCCACCUACCGGCCCAGCGACCAUGCCGGAUCAGCAAUUGGCCUCCAUGAUCGCUUCUAUCGUGGAGCAAAAACUGGCAACUUUAAACUCCGCGAGCAACUCGCUGUCGAGCUCAACAUCUGGCGUCGUUCAGCCAUCUGUCCAACAAUCCGCUCAGCAACAUUUGCCAGGCGUUACCAGCCUCGCACCAGAUCCCUCUCUCCCACCGGUCCGCAAUGGCGGACAACAACAGAUUCCGUCCUCUCUGGAUUUCUCGCUGUCCUCCUCUCAGCAAGAUUUGAAUUUCGGAACACCGGAAGACGCAGCCCUUCUGCACACCAACUACAGAGUCCCUUCUAUCGCCAGCCAUCUCUCCAACAGCUGCAUCGCGGCCAUAACAAACGGUGAGUACGUGGACCUUGCUAGCCUUCUUCCUUUUUCGUCUCUCCUACGAGACCACGUUACCGCUAAUUCCCAGCUUAAACUACAAGUAGGAAACGAGGGCCUUACUAUACCCCUCCCAUCUCAGGCUAAGCGCCCCAAAAUUACUGGGAUCGACCGAUGGCUCGACGCCUUUGCCAUUUACUCGUCUGUACUCCUCUCCUCUUACCCAUCCCGGGAGGUGGACCUCUUCGCCUACCAGCAACUGAUACGUGAGUCAGCCCGUAAGUUCCCCGGUAUGGCAUGGUAUUUGUACGAUAUGGAAUUUCGCCGAAGGGCCUCUCACAACCUUUCCAUUAACUGGGGUCAAAGGGAUGUUCAGUUGCACCUAGACACCUUUACUGGCGUCCCAAAAGCCAUACUUUGUAAGGCCUGCAGCAGCUCGGAUCAUGUAACCGAUUCCUGCCCCCUUUCCCCCAGGUCUACGGACUCUUCAGGGCCCAAACGUGGUGACCUCUGCUUCAACUUCAACAAAGGGGUUCCCUGCGCCCGCACCCCCUGCCCCUACACUCACCAACGCAACAAGCCUGGAUGCACUGCAGCCCACCCAGGAAAGGACCACCCUGACUCCUCAAUCUCUGGACCCACCCAGUCAAAGACUAGCCGCUCAAGCCAUUCCACCCGAAGCCGCAAUUGAAUACCUUUCUAAGCUGUCCCCUACCACCCCUAUUGACCUUUCCCAACUUGCCCUUUAUUUGCAUGAUCACCCUGACCGUGCAUCUGUUGAUGCCGUCCUUACCGGCCUCUCCCAGGGUUUUAGAAUUGGUUUCCAGGGUCCUCGGGUUCCUAAGGAAUACCCCAACCUCAUUUCUGCCAGGCAAAAUCCACAUAUCGUAAGCACCAAUCUCCUGAAAGAGUUACAGCUUGGUCACACCGCUGGCCCAUUCGUUUCUCCCCCUUUUCCCAAUUUUCAGGUUUAUCCCAUCGGGGUUGUUCCAAAAAAGCACUCCACCGAGUGGAGAACCAUUUUUCACCUUUCCUUUCCCAAACAUCAAACCACUAGCGUCAAUUCCCACAUAAGCCCAACCGACUACUCCUUACACUACAUUACAAUAGAUACUGCCAUCUCUAUCAUUCAGAACAUUGGUCAAGGGUGCUUUAUGUCCAAGUUGGACAUCAAGUCAGCCUUCCGCAAUAUCCCAGUACACCCAUCCGACUGGGAGCUCCUCGGUAUGAAAUGGAACGGCCUGUAUUUCUUCGAUACGGUGCUCCCCUUUGGAUUACGAUCAGCACCCUAUCUUUUUGACCAAUUUUCCUGCAUGAUUGAAUGGAUAAUUAAAAAUAAGCUAGGUAUCCCUAACGUGAUCCACAUCCUGGAUGACUUUUUCUUUGUCACCAGGCCCCCUAGGUCAGACUGCCUUACAGCCCUUUGCAAAAUCCUUUGUCUUUUCAGUGAACUCAAUAUCCCUGUUGCCCCCGGUAAAACUUUUGCUCCCACCACCACGUUAGAAUUUAUGGGUAUUCUCCUUGACUCCACAAGAAUGGAAGCUCGCCUUCCCUUGGACAAACUAAUCCGUGCUAAACAGGCCCUUCAACAGUGGUUAUACCGUAAAUCUGCCACUUUGAAGGAACUUCAGUCCCUGAUUGGUACCCUACAAUUUGCCUGCAGGGUUGUUGCCCCGGGCCGGGCUUUUCUGCAAAGAAUAAUAAGUUUAACAAAGGGCAUCACUAACUCUCGCUGGCACAUUAAAUUGAAUGGGGAGUUCCGCAAAGACAUUUCCAUGUGGUUAAACUUCCUUAACCAUUGGAAUGGAGUUAGCCUUUUCUUAGGGGGUGAUAUUCUCUCCUCGCCUGACCUGCAAUUAUUUACGAACGCCUCUGGGUCCCAUGGGUAUGGUGGCUAUCUCAAUGGGGAAUGGUUUCAGGCUACCUGGCUCCCUCAACACCUCCUUAACCCCACCAUGGGUAUCAGCAUUGAUUGGCAGGAACUGUUUGCAUUUUACAUUGCCUGCUACCUUUGGGGCCCUUCCUGGUCAGGCAAACAUAUUUGUAUGUGGUGCGAUAACUUGCCAGUUGUCUCCAUCAUCAACUCCAAACGCUCUAAGUCCCCUACGAUCAUGGACCUCGUACGAGCUGUUACAAUUCUUUAGAACAAAACUUUUCGUUUACUGCUAGACAUAUCCCUGGACUAGAUAGUUCAAUAGCUGAUUCUUUGUCCCGUUUUCAGAUGGACCGCUUCCGUCACCUGGCUCCCAACGCCUCCCCCUCCCCCUGCGUCAUCCCUCCAUCAGCGACAUCAAUUUAACAGCUUCUGUUUAUCGCUACUUUGGUGCGUCCCUUGCCCCAGCCACCAAACGUUCUUAUAGUGUCGGUAAAAACUAUUUCAUUUCCUUCUGCCUUAUGCAAGGGUUAAUUAGCCCCUCUACACCCCUUCUCCCCGCAUCUGAAAUUACCCUGAUUUAUUUUGUCUCCCACUUAGCCAAAACCGUUUCCUACAAUACCGUUAAGCUAUACCUGUUUGCCGUUCAAGAACCCAUAGGCAAUACAAUUUCCCCUUAAAACUCCCAAAAAUGUUUAGACUCCAGAAGGUCCUUAAUGGGAUCAAACGUUCCCAAACCCCGGUCAAAUUAGAUCGUUACCCAAUUACAAUCCAAAUCCUGCAGUCUAUUUUCAACUCUUACCAACCGCACUUGAGUUGUGACCUUAAUUACAUUAUGCUCUGGGCAGCCUUCACCUUAGCCCUUUUCGGUUUUUUACGUUCAAGCGAAUUUACCUGCAAUGACAAAGUCUUUGAUCAAGAAACUCACCUUUGCUUUAAGGAUGUCACCUUUGUCCCUAACAUUGAAUCCCCCAAUUACAUGCUAGUCCUCAUUAAACGGUCCAAAACAGAUCCCUUCCGCCAUGGUUGCACCCUAACCCUAGCAAGGUCCACUACCUCCAUCUGUGCUGUUAUGGCUAUGAAAGAUUAUGUGUUACAAUGCCAACCAUCAUCAGCAGGCCCGCUGUUCACCUUUACUAGUGGCAAGUGGCUCACCCGAACUUCUCUUACUCAUGAACUCCGUGACGUCCUGCAGCACUGCGGCAUACAACCUCAACACUAUUUCUCACAUAGCUUCCGUAUUGGCGCCGCGACCACUGCAGCUGCUGCAGGGAUUCCUGCCUGGUUAAUCAAGGUAUUAGGCCGCUGGUCUUCUGACUGUUAUGAACAUUACAUAAGAACUCCUCAAGAAACACUGCUAACUAUCCCUAAACAACUGUCAAUG